CUACACUUAGAUGUAUCAGUCACCACCACUACACUUAGAUGUAUCAGUCAGGACCACUACACUUAGAUGUAUCAGCCACCACCACUACACUUAGAUGUAUCAGCCAGCACCACUACACUUAGAUGUAUCAGCCAGCACCACUACACUCAGCCAGCACUUAAAUUAAAAUGAAGUAACCAGAUGGUAGUGUGAGUUCAAAUAAAACCAACAUCGUUAGCUUCAGAGCAGUAAUUUGUUAGUUUUUAAUUUUAUAAUAUUUACCUCAGAAACAGAUAAAAUUUCAUCAUGUGUAUGAAAUAAAUUAUACUUUAAAUUUUAAAUAAUUUCUUCAAUUAGAACCAAGAAAUAUUGUCAUUAAGAACAUGUGCACUUCUUAAAUCAAAUGUAUAUUACAGUAAGGAAACAUAAGCUGUUCUCCAUUCCCUCUAGACAUUUAUUGGCACUAACAUUCGUGCCACAAGAUAUUGAGGGACCAGUUGCUGACAGUCUAGAGACUAAUCUACAAGACAUUCGUGCCACAAGAUAUUGACGGACCACUUGCUGACGUCAAAGGUCCGUUCGCUAGAACUGAAUAAAGACGGUCUCUUCAAGGUCGUGUUGUGAGCAUCACCCUGUCCACGUGACACGUUCACUACAGUGAAGGGAGACCUGAGACCUGUGGGCGGGGCUAUCAUGCAAGCAAAGCAGACGCGGUACCGACACUUUAGAUCAUCCGUUGGGACCUUACUCAACGAAAACUACGGGGCCGUAACCAACAAGAAAAGGCCACCUGUUAUACUUUCUACUGCCCCAGCUAGUCCUAACGUCCCUUUAUCACCCAAAACACCAGAGAUUUUUGCCGCCCAAAGAUCGCGCCCUGGGUUAGUGGUUUACGGAACUACGGCUGUGUCUGGCAUAUCAGACCGGCAGAGUCCACAGACGUGUGCUGGCCAUGACGAGCUUGACGGUACACACUGCAACAGCGAGGACACCCGGGCGUCACUAACCCCAACAUCUUCUGGCACCCCUGUGGGCUCGCAGACCAGAAAAUACGAUCGACCGUGCUCGCAAACAACUUCAUUCAGUAGAUCCACACAGGGCCCUGCUUCAAGGUAUGCACAAAUAAACGGCUCAAACACGAGCUCCCGCCCACAGACGAACUCUUCUGUAGCAUGCCGGACAUCGACGAACUCUUCUGUAGCAUGCCGGACAUCGACGAACUCUUCUGUAGCAUGCCGGACAUCGACGAACUCUUCUGUAGCAUGCCGGACAUCGACGAACUCUUCUGUAGCAUGCCGGACAUCGACUUGCACGCCAAAAUCUGAGCGCAGUUUGCCGCUCUCCUCCACUCGUGUACACACACCGUUGGGAAUUCCCGAAGAUCAAAUUAACUUGGAGGUACCGAGGUACUAUGACGCAUACAAACACAUGUUUGAUUUAACAUCAAAACACGGAAGCAGUCGAUUAGAUGACGUCAUUGUCGAGCAGGACAGCAAAAAUCUAGACGCCAUCCCAGAUAGAAGCGACAUCACUUGGCCAAGGAUCAUUCGAAAAAAUCAGGAAGAAAAUGUGCUUAAAAGAUGUUCAACGUCUCGCAGCUCUAGAGUAUCGUCUGCCAGGAGUCACGUGUUCUCUAAUGAUAUUUUCACACCAAGUCCAAGGCCAACUGGACUUUCGGCAAAUAUGACUCCCGCCGGAUUUAUAAGGUCCAAGUCUGCAACAAGCUCAGCCUCGAGUCAACGCGUGUCAUCGGGUUCAAGGUCGUCGUGUGGUCAGCGGGACAACGGUGCAAACAGCGCUAAAACGUCGCGAUCGUCUGCUGGCUAUGACGACACAGUCUCGCGUCUGUUGCUUGAGGUGAAGAUGCAGCAGCCAGGGGAGUGGUACACGGGACACACCCCCACACACACACCCACCCCCGACUCGUCCCUGCCGUACUACCAAUCUAGAUCCUGGCUGAAACAUUACUCGCCGACAAAAAUCAGACACUUCUUUCGUGCCGCAGGAGGCAGCAUGUUUAGUGGAUCCAUUUCAUGAAGACUUUGUGUACACUGUAAACAUGUUAAAAUAAUCAUUGAGGCUAGAUCAGUAACUACAUAGAGGCCUUAAUGAAGAGUUA